AUGGAAGGGCACGGCACCAUGGGGAGUACAAAUACGAAGGACUUCACAGUGACUAUUGUGGGCGGUGGCAUCGGCGGCCUCACGCUGGCCGCCGGCCUCCUACGGCGGCAGGUCCGCGUCCAAAUCUAUGAGGCUGCGUCCGCGUUUGCGGAAAUCGGGCUGGGUCUAUCGAUUGGACCCGCGGCACACCGUGCGAUGCCCCUCAUCGAUCCUCAGAUUCGGGAGAUUUAUGAUUCGCUGAUCACCACGCACGCCGAUAGUCCGGGCUAUGAGACGUUUCGACAGACGUGGUUUGAGAUUAUCUGGGCGAGUGGCGAGAGGGAAGGGGAGUUGUUGAUGGAUCUCCAGGCCCUGCCGUCGGGCCAGACUACACUGCGGCGCGCGAAUUUCCUGGAUGCGCUGGUCGGCUUGAUUCCGCCGGACAUUGUGCACUUUGGGAAGCGGCUGGAGAGUCUGGCGGAGACUGCGGAUGGGGUGGACUUGCGCUUUGACGAUGGGACCUCGGUCCGAGCUGAUGUGGUGGUUGGCUGCGAUGGCAUUAAAUCCAAGGUCAAGGAGUCGAUGCUGCCGGAGGAAUCGGCACAGACGCAGCCGCGGUAUAGUGGGAUGUAUGGCUAUCGGGCUGUGCUGGACAUGGAGGAUAUGAUCCACGCCGUCGGCGACCAGCGCGCCAGAGUAUCCACGAUGUAUAUUGGGGAGGGGGCAUACGGUAUUUCGUACCCGAUGAUGCACGCGCAAAAGGUCAACGUGGGGCUUUAUAUAUUGAGUGACAGGUGGGAUUGCGAGACGUGGGUCAGGCCGGCUGUGAGGGAGGACAUGCAGCGCGAUGCUCAGAAUAUGGGUCGAUACGUGAAGGCUCUGGUUGAGCAUAUGCCCGAUCCAUCCCAAUGGGCUAUCUUCGAGCAUCCCCCCAUCUCCACCUUUUUUCGCUCCCGAGUAGCCAUCCUGGGGGACGCAGCGCACGCCUCGACGCCCCAUCAGGGGGCGGGUGCCGGGCAGGCCAUCGAGGAUGCACACGUUCUUGCUGAACUGCUUGGCGAUGCCCGUGUGAAAUCGGUCCAGCAUGCCCGUGCGGGAUUCAAGGCCUAUGACGAGAUUCGGCGACCUCGCAGUCAACGAGUGGUCACCAGUAGCAAGGAGAAUGCCGAUCUGUUAUGUCUGUGUUUGGACGGAGUCGGGGCCAAUGAAGCAAAGCUCAAGGAGACAUUUCAGUCUCGACUGCACUGGCUUUGGGAUUUAGAUGUCCAGGAACAGGCUGACCAGGCGAGGCGGAAGAUGCUCGAGUACUUUGAAUAUUGA